GUGACAUAGAGGCGCUAGAUUUUCUGCAGGCUAUAACAAGCAAUCUGAUGCUACAGAACCUGUUUAUAAAACACUAAAUUAUUAGCGUUUCAUGUGGACACUCGGAGCGACGGACUCAGUUUAUCGAGGGCAGCAUUGCGAGUAAAAGUGGCUCUCACGCCAAGAUUCUUCUAUCAAAUAAAUUGGACUUUUAGAGGUAAAGCUGGCUGAGAUGGAUGAGCAGAGUGUUGAGAGUAUAGCGGAAGUUUUCCGCUGCUUUAUUUGUAUGGAAAAGCUGCGGGAUGCUCGUCUGUGCCCUCACUGUUCCAAACUGUGCUGUUUCAGCUGCAUACGACGAUGGCUGACGGAGCAGAGAGCACAGUGUCCCCACUGCCGAGCUCCGCUUCAGCUGAGGGAACUGGUGAACUGUCGCUGGGCAGAGGAAGUGACACAACAAUUGGACACCCUGCAGCUGUGCAACCUCACAAAACAUGAAGAGAACGACAAAGACAAGUGUGAGAACCAUCACGAGAAGCUGAGCGUGUUCUGCUGGACGUGUAAGAAGUGCAUUUGUCACCAGUGUGCGCUGUGGGGAGGCAUGCAUGGAGGUCAUACGUUCAAACCCCUCGCUGAGAUCUACGAGCAGCAUGUGACAAAGGUGAACGAGGAGGUGGCUAAACUACGACGCCGGCUAAUGGAGCUCAUCAGUCUGGUUCAAGAAGUGGAAAAGAAUGUCGAGGCGGUGCGUGGAGCGAAGGAUGAAAGAGUGAGAGAAAUCCGUAACGCUGUGGAAAUGAUAAUUGCACGACUCGAUAAUCAACUCAAGAACAAACUCAUCACACUCAUGGGACAGAAGACCUCUCUGACUCAGGAGACUGAACUUCUGGAGUCUCUUCUGCAGGAAGUAGAACAUCAGGUACCUCAGUGUGAUCCAGUGAAAGCAGAUGUAGAUGUUCUGAUAUGUUUUGUGUUCUUGAGCGUGUUUUGUAUCCCACAGCUGCGGUCGUGCAGUAAGAGCGAGCUGAUCUCGAAGAGUCCGGAGAUCCUGCUCAUGUUCCAGCAGGUUCACAGGAAACCAAUGCAGUCCUUCGUCACCACACCCGUUCCACCAGACUUUACUAGUGAGCUGGUUCCUGCCUAUGACUCAAGCACCUUUGUUUUGGCAAACUUCAGUACCCUGCGACAGAGAGCAGACCCCGUCUACAGCCCCCCUCUCCAGAUAUCAGGUCUGUGCUGGAGGUUAAAGGUUUAUCCAGAUGGCAACGGGGUUGUGCGGGGAAACUAUCUUUCUGUCUUUCUGGAGUUAUCGGCAGGGCUUCCCGAGACCUCGAAGUAUGAAUACAGGGUAGAGAUGGUCCAUCAGGCCUCCAGCGACCCCACCAAAAACAUUAUUAGAGAGUUUGCUUCAGACUUUGAGGUGGGGGAGUGCUGGGGCUAUAACAGAUUCUUCAGACUGGAUCUUCUUGCCAGUGAGGGAUACCUCAACAUGCAGACCGACACUCUUGUGCUGAGGUAUCAGGUGCGUUCACCCACCUUCUUUCAGAAAUGUAGAGAUCAGUACUGGUAUAUAUCUCAGCUUGAGUCUGCACAGUCCGGCUACGUUCAACAGAUCAACAACCUUAAAGAGAGACUCGCUAUCGAGCUGUUCCGUCGACAAAAGUCCCGGAGUUCGUCUCCUGAUCGACGCCUCUGUCCCGCAGCUUCUUCAGGGAGAGACUCACGUCAGGGGAAGACUUCUGUACCAGAGGAGGGUAGUCAAGCAGCCUCAAUAGAGACAAAGGAAGAUGAGGACGAGGAGAAAACCCAUCAUGAUGACUCUAAUGAGCUGUCUGAUGGAGAUCUGGAGGUGGACUGUCUCACUGGAGAUGAAGACGUCAAUCCUCUGGAUGGGAGUAGCACCUCCGGCAGCUCCACUGCCACCAGUAACACAGAGGAGAACGACAUUGAUGAGGAAACCAUGUCUGGUGAGAAUGACGUGGAGUACAGUGGGAAUCUGGACCUGGAGGAAGGUGAACUACCUGAGGAUGUUGCCGGGGCAACAGGAGGUUCCAGCGCAAGUUCCCGUAGUUCAAGACGCGGAGCAGGUGCAACCUCAUCCAGUCUCCUGGAGAUCGACCCCGUCUUCCUCAUUCAGCUCUUGGACCUGAAGGACCGCAGCCAUAUGGAGUCACUAUGGGGCAUGCAGCCACGCCCACCUGCCUCUUUGCUCCAAACCCAAGCUCCUGCUGUAACUUCUCGUAAAGAACGGGAGCGUCGGCCACAGGCGGUGCGGCGGUCGGCCCCGGAUUCGGGGGUCCUGAUCAGGCUGAAGGCUCAGAUGGCUGAGGUGCGCAGUAAGAUGUCGGAUGUGAAAGGGCAGCUGGAAGCUCGUGGUGGAGCCAAUCCACGGGUCCCUUCUCAAGGAGCCUUAAACCAUGACCCCUCCAUGGAUUUAGAGAUGGGGCCUAACCGCAAACCAAGUGAUCUGCUCUUCAAAGGGCCCGUCUCAUCACGACACUCCCGCAGUGGUGUAAAAAAGGCUGGUUCUCCUAAACAAGAGAGCUUGGGGGCACUGGGUGGGCUGUCCCUGCGCAGGGCUGUGGAUGCUGGCGAGAAGGAGCUGAGAGGAGCUGGUCGAGAGUCACCAGCUGAACCCGCUCUGUGUCCUAGAGAGGGACCCUCCUCAUUGGAUGGUUCUCUCAAACCUUGCAGUGUGCAAAGUUCUCCUCCCUCUCUUGGAAGCUGUUCUUCUGAUAAACCCUCUGGCUCGAAAUACAACGAGAUUCAUUUCGGAUCUUCUGCUGCAGAGCUAUUCAGCGUCACAGCAUUAAAUGGAGCGUCUGCACUCGCCACCAAACAACGCAGGGCUCCAGCCGUAGGGUCUGCUGUGUUGACGGACAGCUCGCUUAACUGUGACCAAGAGAACGCUGGUGAGAUCCAUCAGUCACUGCUGUCACUGGCUGAGCCGUCGUCAUCCUCCUCCUCACAUCCUGAUGAAGGUCUCCUCUGUCAGAAGCAGACCCACCACACGCUGCCGAGCAUGAGCAGUGAUAGUGAGCUGGACUGUGACACGGAGAACGAGAACGAAGCCGUUGCUCUUGAGGCUGGGGACUGUCAGUUUGACACCAGAACAUUACCCUGCGCAGGCGAGCAGCUGAUCGCCGAUGAUCUAAGCUUUGUGACGGGAGAAACCACUGAGAGGUGAUUCACCACAGCGUUACAAAAAUGUGUGGAAGUGACACAACCUUCCUGUGUCAACAGGCACUGGAUGUGUUUUCUCCAUUUCCUCUGUGUCUGAGCACUUUCUUGAUGUUCAGCUAGAACUGAAAUAAGAAUGUUUAUGUGCUGUAUGUUAUUUCAGAGAAUCACACUUUCUGGAAUGGGAGAGAAGUGUUUUAUUUUUGCUUUGCAUAACAUUCCGUUGUAAAGGUAAAGUUGUAAAAACGUAUGUGUGCAUAACCAGAUAUUACAGUUAUAUAUUUCUUCUUCUCUGGCAAUGCUGCUUAUUGUUAUAUGUAUUGAAUUUUGAAGCACUUUGGUUUGUUUGGUUUUGUCUAAUUGAGUCAAACUACUGGGUUUUGAUGCAAAGAAUGUCAGGAAGGUGCUGCUCUAUAACUGUAUUUAUAUGCUGUUUUAGCUUUAUCCUUUGUGCAGUUAUAUAUAGAUAUUAGCGCACUUUUUAUUGUUUAAUGUAGUUUUCCUCUAAAGUAGCUGACCCCACUUGCAAGAGUGAACGUAUCAAGCUGUCUAAACCACAAAGUGUCAUACAAACAUAAACAAGUUUACAUUCAGAUGUCUGCAAAAAUGAAGCAAAACACUUAAGUUACGAACACUUUUAUUUGUUUCAAACUACUGCAACAUUCCCAUAUUUAGUUUUAACUAUAUUUAUUUGUAGCAUAUGCACAUGUCUGUUAACCUACACAAAGUCCCAGGUGGGUCCAACCCCAAGCUGUUUUGUGUUUUUGUUGUUUGGUUAAGAGCUCCGAGACAAAGCAUUGUUGACACAUGGCAGUAGCAGCUGGAAAACGGCACAGUUUAUGUUCUCAAUACAUGUCAUGGCUUCAUCUACAGCUGGGGAAUGAUGCAGCUGUAUUCAUUUCAGUUCACAGUGUGGCUCUUUGCAUGCGUUGCUUUUGCCGUAUACAAUCUGUUGAACGUUUUGUUGAGAUGCAUUUACUGCAUUGCUCAUGCUGUUAAUCUACAUCUUCACUUCAAUCGAUGAUUUGAACAAAGCUAGAACUGAAUGAUUUUUAAAUUGUAUUUUCUCCCUUGUUAACUAUAAACUUAUUCGUUCGCUCUGCAUGUUUGUGAUCGCUGCAAGGUCCAAAAAGUGUUCAGUGACUGUCCAGUGUUGAUCCAAUGUUGUUAUAUGUAAUGUUUUUGUCCCUGUUGUUGACGUUUGUGUUUCAUAUGAGAAAGGGGACAGUUGACUGAGAGAAUCAUUCUUGUUUACUAGCUUCUGGCAUGUUUCAUUUAAUUUUUUUGACCCAAAACAAACUGGAAUAUAUGAACAGUAUUUUACUGUAUAUUUAUCUAUCGAAACUAAAAUAUGAACAAAUAAAUGUAAUUCUUAAUAAAAUGCAGUUUUGAGUGGUUAUUUGUUGCACCAUUAUCAGAAAAAGCAUAUAUGCAUUUAAAUGUCACAGUAUUACUUUCAUGAAAAUGAAGCAGGUUUUUUUUGGAUUUCUUGUUUGAUAUAACUAUUAAGCAUACAGUAAUGUCAAAAAAUAGUGUUGCAAUGAAUAAAAAAACGGUAUAAAGGUAGUACACUUGUACAUGUUCUCUCGCUAACUGUGUGUGUGCAUGCGUGCCUGCGCGCGUCCGUCUGCCUCUCUGCACCUGCUGUUUGGUCUAGUCUGUGUGAUGUGCUGUGUGAGAAUAAACCCAGCAGUGUUUAUGUGCACGAGUGAGUGUUGGCUCAGAUUCUGUUCCCCGGGUCCAGUCCCUCCCCUCCAGCACCUGAUGACUGCCAACACAAAGCCUUUUGUUUAUACUGUACUUCUACCGCAUUAUGGAGACCAGAUUCAUUACGUUUUAUAUUUAUAUAAAGAGAGUCUGCAUUGGGCUGUUAAAACUAUUAGUUUAUGCUCAGGUGUUCAGCUCUCUGUUGUUCAAAACAAGCAAGCCAGCUAUAGACAGGUUCAUAUAAUAUAUGUUUUUUUGUUGUUGUUGAAAGAUUUGUUUAACAGACAAAAGUAGUGAGAAUUCAGCAAUUCAGACAAGAGAAAGGUCUCCUGUCUGACCAAACCCAAUACUUCUAUUGAACAAAUUAAUUAUUUAUGUCAAAACUUUCAUGCUGUUCCACUUCCACUGUUUUGCAUAAGAUCAUAUAAGACAGAAAUCGAAACAAAAGCGCCCAUGAUACACGUGUCAUUAGAUAAGUGCUUCUAUUUGCGUUCGCUUACGUAAACGCUACAUGAUUUUCAAAAGCUCUUUUGAAAUACAUAGAGGAAUAGCUGUGGCUUUCACUGUGGAACGGCCUUAAAGUAUAUCCAUUAAUAUCUCACGAACUAUUAAAGUUUGAUGUAGGCCAUACCACAACACUGAGUAAGGAACGCAAUACUGUGCUAUCCAUCUCACCUCUACUUCUGACAAAACCUUUUUAUGGGUGACAUUUCUGUACAUAUAACAACAUGAUAUUAUACAUAUGUAUUUAUAUUUUUAUUAUGUGAGUGUAAUUUCCCUUGAGAAAUUUAACCAUAGUAACCAUCUAACCAUGA